GCUACCAACAUCAUCCCUGCCACCGCCGCGACCCUCUACCGACCGCUUUUCACCCCCAAGUUCUUCUCGAAUACCGCCGCAAUGAGCAAGGAAGGCGUACACAACCUAGCCUCUAAGGCCGACUGGGAGGAGGCGCUUGAAGCCAAGGAUCAAAUUAUCGUGCUUGACUGCUUCGCUACGUGGUGCGGUCCUUGCAAAGUCAUCGCGCCGCAGGUCGUCAAGUACUCCAACGAAUACCUCGACGCGCGUUUCUACAAGAUCGACGUUGACGAGGUUCCCGAUGUGGCCCAGGAGCUCAACAUCCGCGCGAUGCCCACCUUCAAGAUCUUCAAGAACAAAGAGCAGGUCGGCGAGGUCGUUGGCGCGAACCCCAAGGCCCUUCAGGCUGCCAUCGAGGCUGUUUAC